AUGUACACCAACAGUUGGGAUCCCCGCAAUGGAACUAUUCUACGAAGUGAAGAUUAUGGAACAACUUGGGCUCGGACUCCCCUUCCAUUCAAAGUGGGCGGCAACAUGCCCGGGCGAGGCAUGGGUGAGCGCCUAGCUAUUGAUCCUCAGAAUAACAAGAUUAUCUAUUUCGGAGCUCGCAGCGGGAAUGGACUCUGGAGAAGUAUUGACCAGGGAGUAACAUUUCAAAGAGUUGGCAGCUUCACCGCAACAGGCACAUACCAAGCAGACGCAACGGACACGUCAGGCUACAACAAUGACAUUAAUGGCUUAUCUGCCAUCCAGUUCGAUCCUACGUCCGCAGUCAUUAAUGGGGCCACCUCCAGGAUUUUUAUUGGAACUGCAGACAAGACCUCUUCGACAUGGAUUUCAGAAGAUGCUGGAGAGUCUUGGACAGCAAUGGCUGGCCAACCUUCGGGAGUUUUCCCGCACAAGAUGAAGUUCUCUGCUGCAGAGAAAGCGUUGUAUAUUACUUACAAUAGCGAAUCCGGCCCCUACAGCGCUGGAACGGGAUCGGUGUAUCGUGUCUCUUCUAACGGGACAUUCUCGAACAUCACGCCAGCUUGGGUGGUGACAAAUAACAUCACGAUUGGUUAUGGUGGUCUGGCUCUGGAUACUCACAACCCUGGCACCUUGAUGGUCACCGCAAUGAAUCUUUGGGGGCCUGAUGUCCAAAUAUUCAGAAGCGAGAACUCGGGCACAUCAUGGACCACCAUCUGGGACUAUGUUGGAGGCGUCCAGAAGAAUUACAACACAUACGAUACGGAGAAUGCACCGUGGCUCAACAAUCAACGUCAACCGGGCGAUACAAAGAUACUCGGCUGGAUGGUCGAGGCACUCGAGAUCGAUCCGUUUGACAGCAAUCAUUGGCUCUAUGGAACUGGUGCAACAAUCUACGGUGGUCACAAUCUCCAGUCAUGGCCAGAGGUGCACGUCACUUCUCUUGCGGAUGGCAUCGAGGAAACUGCUGUCUUAGACCUCAUAGCUCCUCCUGGUAUCGGUAUUCCGCUCAUCAGUGGCGUCAGCGAUGUUGCAGGGUUUGUUCACAAAGAUCUAACGGUCUCUCCUAAUGACGUGUUUGAGGAUCCAUUCUGGACCAGCACAACAGCUCUUGACUAUGCAGGGCUUGCACCGAGGAAUAUUUUGAGAAUUGGGGACUCCAAGCUUGCCAUCUCUUCGGACGCGGGUGCUACAUGGACUCUUAAUACCGCCGUUCCUGCGGCAUCAGGAGGCUCGAUUGCCUUCUCCGCAGACGCAUCGUCGAUUGUAUGGACAUCGUCUGCGGGGUCCCUUGUCGUUUCCAAUGGCUCAAGUACAGCUAUUGCUUCCCUUCCUAUCGGUAUUGCAGUUGCAUCAGACAAAGUUGACCCAAAGUUCUUCUAUGCUGGUGAUGAAAAUGGUGUUUAUGUCUCCAGUGACGGUGGCAAAACCUUCGCAUUCUCAGCCAAUAUCACUUCAUACGGCGUAGGCUUGCUGGCAGUCCACCCCGCCAAAGAAGGGGACAUUUGGUAUUCUACCACCACAGGCAUCUAUCAUUCUACGGACUUUGGAAAGACAUUCACUGCGAGUCCUGGUGUCCAAUCUGGGACACAUAUCGCUGUCGGGAAGGGAGCUGGGAAUAGCACGAGUGUCUUUGCAUUUGCUGUCAUCGACAAUAUCGUGGCACUCAGGAAGAGUACAAAUGAUGGAGGUACAUGGGAAACCAUCAGUGAUGCUGGACAUGGGUUUGGAAGCGCCAAUCCAAACCCACUGGCAGCAAGUUGGGAAACUGAAGGGCUGGUCUUUGUCGGCACAAACGGGCGAGGAAUCUUUUAUGGUCUUCCUUAGACUGUGUGUAACUUCGUUUCUCUACAUGCACAAUUUUUUGUCCAUAUCUUUACAGGUAGCUCAAUGGGUAGAUAGCAGAAAUAGGACUUCUUGGAAGUCGUAUCGCGCUAAUUUUCCUCUAUUCACACCACCGCUGGUUGAGCAACUGUCCAUAGUACCACGCUGC